AUGCCAUCAGACAACUACAAUUUCGUCGACGAAUUCCAAAAGUUGUUCGUUUCCAAACAGAAGCCAGCUCCUGAGCCCAUCACCGACAACAUGAAAGCAAUAAUUCAGAGCUACCCUCCUUUGGGUCAGUUUACCCAGGUCUCGACUGGGCAGCUGACGUUGACGGCCGUUCUCGAGAUACCUGCUUCGCGUGCAGACGAGCCAUGGGAAGUUGCUUUAUGGCAGUCCAGCGAUCGAGGCGAAUGGUCCGAAGUGGUUUUGCCUCGGAUUCCUGAUGCUGAUAGCCCGACGACUCUGCAGACAGCUCCAGACCACGUCCGCCGUUUCUUCUUCUCUGCCUCUCUUUCGAUUGACAAGACGCUUCAAUUCACACUGAAGUUCAGACAUUCGGAUGCCGACUCAUGGCGAUGGACCCGUGAUGAACUUGGUGUUGGUGACGGCAACGUCGUCGUGAGCACGGCCCCGGUGCUUCAAAGCGUCUCGGAGCACCUCGAAGAUAUCGUGGCAGGCUUCAAUCCUGCAUGGAAUGUGAAAUCUCUCAUGAGCCAGUGCCCUGGCACUCGUCUAUGGUCACUGGAAACCGGCGUAGACGCCGUCGACAGCGACAGCGACGAGUCCAAGAUUGCUAACAUCUCGUUGGGCAUGCCAUGGGGAAGCUUCCAGAGCUGUAUCAUACGGUCAGCGGCUGGGAUGUACAUUUUUCAGGAAACUGACGGGGACAGAUGGUUUGCUCUCGUUCGUAUUUGGAGUCCCUGGCUAGCCCCCCGCCAUGGCAAGACCUCGUUUCAUCUCGACAAAGACGCUGUUCUAUGCUCAUUCCUGAGUUCCGAAGGCAAGCAUCUCGUGUUCCUUGCCGUAAGCGGGGUCAACAAUGUGCUAUCUGUUUUCCGUCACGAUGAUGCUGGGCAGAUCUCCGUUCAUGCUCGUAACGACGGAUCCUCGUCAGAGAACGCAAAAAUCCUCGUUGCUAUUGGUGACAACUUCGAGAGCGCGAAUGCUGCCGUAAUGUACCAGGCGAGACACUUUGUCAUCACAGAGAAGAAAGCCAGCAAUGAGUUGCAGGCCGAGAUGAAAGCCAUCGAAGAAGGCGUCAAGCCGGAAUGGAUGGAGAACUGGUAUGACGGACUCGGCUUCUGUACAUGGAACGCGCUUGGGCAACGUCUCACAGACGAGAAGGUGUUCGACGCUGUCGACAAACUGGCCGAGAACAACAUCAAAGUCACCAGUCUCAUCAUCGACGACAACUGGCAGACCAUCGAUUACAGAGGCCACGGCCAAUUCCAACAUGGUUGGUGUGAGUUUGAAGCCGAGCCGAAGGCUUUCCCAAAGGGUCUCAAAGCGACGGUCGCCCACAUUCGAGAGAAACAUCCUCAUAUCCAGCACAUUGCUGUGUGGCAUGCCCUACUAGGUUACUGGGCGGGUAUCUCUCCGGAUGGCAAGAUUGCCAAGGAAUACAAGACGGUUGAGAUCGUUCGAGAAGAUGCCGAGCGACGGAACCUACCUCUUGGUGGAAAGAUGACUGUUGUAGCCAGAGAGGACGUCGACAAGUUCUACAAUGACUUCUACAAGUUCCUCGUCGACUGUGGCAUCGACGGUGUCAAGACAGAUGCCCAGUUCAUGACAGACACAUGGGUCUCAGCCACCGCCCGUCGCGAGCUCAUUGAUGCCUAUCUGGAUGCAUGGACGAUAUCCUCACUACGCCACUUUAGCAUUAAAGCCAUAUCUUGCAUGUCGCAAACACCACAAAUCCUAUUCUACAACCAGCUUCCUCGGAACAAGCCCGCGAUUCUCUGCCGAAAUUCAGACGACUUCUUCCCUGAGAUCCCAGCCUCACACCCUUGGCACGUAUGGACCAACGCCCACAACAGCUUACUCACGCAGCACCUGAACAUUCUACCAGACUGGGACAUGUUCCAGACCGUACACGAUUACUCUGGCUUCCAUGCCGCAGCGCGAUGCGUCAGUGGUGGGCCGAUCUACAUCACCGACGUCCCGGGACAGCAUAACUUGGAUCUCAUCAAGCAGAUGACAGGGUUGACGAUCCGAGGAAAGACUGUCAUCUUCCGUCCCAGCGUCAUAGGGAAGACCAUCGAUCCGUACACUGGAUACGACGAUGAUGGCCUGUUGAAGAUCGGUUGCUACCACGGCAAAGCCGUGACGGGCACUCCCAUUCUGGGCGUUUUCAAUAUCUCGGCCCGAUCCUUGACAGAGAUCAUCCCCCUCAGCUCCUUCGCUGGCGUUCUGCCUUCCAUGCGCUACGUCGUUCGUGCCCACUCGUCUGGAAAAGUCAGCUCGCCUGUCACCCCGGGCACACCAGCUUCCGCUCUCACUACUUCGGUGGACGUACGCGGGUAUGAGAUAUUCACUGCAUACCCUCUUUCCAGCUUUGACAGUGAGUCAAAGGGCAAAGUGUGGACGGCCAACUUGGGCCUCGUGGGGAAGAUGACAGGAGCAGCGGCGAUAGUCAACAGUGAUUUCUUACUGCGACAUGACGGUAAAGUCGAGCUCAAAACCCGUCUCAAGGCAUUGGGCGUUCUUGGUCUGUACAUCUCUAAACUGCCUGAGCUUACCAUCCACGACGAUUUCCUCGUGACUAUCCAAAACUCGGUCAUCCCUGUCAGCGCAGUGUCUGUUUGCAAGAAUGACGACAAGGUCCUUGAGAUUGAUAUCGAGAAGGCUUGGGAGGAGAUGGGCUUGCACCCGGGUUGGAGUAAUGAGGUUGAGAUGACUGUCACUUUCGCCAUCGACCACGAACAGGCGGAGGACUAA